AUCGUGGGAGUAUUGGUCCUUGCUCCAACAAAUUAUACUUGUGAAGGUCGAUCUGACAUCAGAAGAUCGAAUUCCAUGGAACUAUUCACGGUUACCAAUGUGACACAGGGAUCUAAUAGGCUUUGGGUUCAUUUUUCAUGCCUUUGCUUUAUAUCCUUUCAUGUGGUAUAUUUGCUUCAUAAGGAAUACAAAGAAAUUACUAGGAGAAGAAUUGAACACUUAAAGUAUCACGGCAAAAGACCUGACCAAUACACCAUUUUGGUUUGAGGAAUUCCGACAUGCCCAGAUCAUGGAACUUAUGGGUGUUAUGUUGACCACUUCUUCUCAAAGCACUAUCAGACAUACCAAUCGUACCAAAUUGUACAUGACAUAGGCAAUAUUGAGGCACUGCAGAAGUUGACAUCCUCCAUUGACAAACAGAUAAAGAGGAAAAGAGAGACCAGAAAAUGUAAUAUUUGGCAGAGGAUUUGGUUCAAGUUUACAUCAGAAGCAAUAAAUAUUCAGAGACAAGAAGAAAAACUGAAAGAUGUACAACAGGCUAUCCGCCUCCUACAAUGUGAAAAUAUGCUUAAACAAAAGGAGGUACCUGUAGCUUUUGUCACAUUCAAAUCCCGGUUGGAUGCUGCCCAUGCUGCGGAAAUGCAACAACUUGUCAAUCCACUUUCAUUAGUUACAACUUAUGCUCCUGAACCAAACGAUACGAUAUGGAAAAAUUUGGCCAUUCCAUUUUGGCGCAUGGCUAUGUACAAAAUCGGAGUCUUCGUUGCUGCAUUUCUGCUAACAGUGUUCUUCACCAUCCCUGUGACAGCUGUGCAGGGGAUAGUGCAAUUUGAGAAGAUUAAAAGGUGGUUUCCACCAGCGAGAGCUGUGCAGCUUAUACCAGGUUUGAAUUCUAUUGUAACUGGGUAUCUUCCGAGCAUGAUCUUAAAUGGCUUUAUAUACUUGGUUCCCUUUGCGAUGCUUGGUAUGGCAUCGUUUGAAGGUUGUAUUGCCAACAGCUAAAAGGAAAUUAAGGCCUGCAACAUGGUGUUCUACUUCUUGCUUGGAAAUGUUUUCUUCCUUAGCAUUCUGUCAGGUUCUCUACUCGAUCAGCUAGGAGAAUCUUUCACGCACCCAAAGGACAUCCCUAGCCGUCUUGCUAGUGCUGUUUCUGCACAGUCAGAUUUCUUCAUCACAUACAUUUUGACCAAUGGCAUGCCAGGAUUUUCUUUGGAAGUUCUUCAGUUUGGUUUGCUAACAUGGCAAUUCUUAAAGGUGCAUUCGCUUGGGCAUAGCAAGGAGCCAUAUCUUUAUGGCUUCCCUUACUACAGAGUUGUGCCCAUCGUUUCCCUUGCAAUAUUGAUUGGAGUGGUCUAUGCUGUAGUUGUGCCCCUUCUGCUUCCGAUCCUUUUGAUUUACUUUCUGCUCGGUUAUGCAGUGUACAUCAACCAGAUCAAUGACUUUUGGUGUUUUCAUCUGCAUCAAGUGUUCAGGAGCUCAUAGAAGUCUUGGAGCACAUAUCCAAGGUGGUUUCAGUGAAGCUUGAUGAAUGGACAGACGAACAAGUUGAUCUUUUGGCAGAUUCAGGUGGGAAUGCUGCUGUAAACAUGAGAUAUGAGGCAUUUGUGCCUGAAAACUACACGAAGCCAAGGCAAGAUUGUUCAGCAGAGGAGCGCAGCGAUUUUAUUAGGCGAAAAUACGAGGUUCAACAAUUUUUGUCUAAUCCGCAGCUGUCAUGCCCUCAACGACGCAACGACAAACAGAGUCACCAGCACCAUAGUGGUUCAGGUCGACAUGGUUUAGGCCAUUCUUUCAAGAACAGCUGGAGGAGAAAAGCAGAACACGAGCCGAAAGCAGUAAAGAAAACAACGGACUUGGGUAUGGUAGAAUUUGUUGGGUUGAUGAAGGUCGAUGUCAUAAGAGGCACAAAUCUAGCUAUUCGUGAUGUGAUGUCAAGCGAUCCUUAUGUUAUUAUUAACCUAGGACACCAGUCCAUGAAAACGAAGGUGGUAAAGAGCAGCUUGAAUCCUGUAUGGAAUGAGAGGCUUAUGCUAUCGAUACCCGACCCAAUACCGGUGCUUAAGCUGCAAGUCUUGGACAAGGAUACGUUCACCACCGACGACCGGAUGGGGGAGGCUGAGAUCGAGCCGCUGGUUGCUGCAGCCAGAGCCUAUGAGGCCUCCACUAUCACAGAUACUGCCCAGCUUAACAAAUGGAUGGCAAAAGAUGGCAUCUGGAUCCCGAGGGACAGCACCAUCUCCAUCGUCAACGGCAAAGUGAAGCAGGUGGUCACUGUGAGGCUUCAGAAUGUUGAGCGUGGCCACCUUGAGAUGGAGCUCGAGUGCGUCCCUCUCACUCAAUAGCCGUCUGCAGAAAAAAGAAAAAAAAGGAUCUCCAGCAUUAUUCUGCAACACAGCAGAGGCACACGAACAAGAUUUCAACCAGAUUUGAUUAUAUCUGUCGAGUUGGGAAGGAAUUGCAGGAUGUAAGUUGUGACUUGUCCUGGGGAAUGAGUGAAAGACCAUUUUAGCACGGCCUUGCUUGGUUUCAGGCUAGCUUGCUUGGUAGAAGUCCAGCUUCACUUGAUUUGUGUUCAUGAGCCUCUGUUUGUAACAACCAUCAGAACUGAACUGCUGCAAAUAUUUUAGGAAGAACGGCGAUUGAUUCUGUGCUGUGUAUGUGUGGACAACAAAACAAGAUAUAUAUACCUACCAUCCCCGGCUGGCCGUUCUUGUUGAA